AUGGCCUUCGGCAUCAUCUCCGUGCAAUGUAGCGGAACCCGGCCCGCUUGCCGUCGUUGUUCGACCCAUGGGUUCGACUGCGAAUGGGACACGGAGCCCGAAACGACGCGCCGCCAGGCUCUUCUCAACCGGGCAGAAGACCUCGAGAAGGAGAAUGAGGACCUCCACGAGUUGGUCCGCUAUCUAUGUUCACGACCCGAGUCAGAGGCACUCGAGAUCUUCCACCGGCUGCGAGCAACAGGCGAUGCGUUCCAUGUUUUGGACCUAGUCCGGAUGGGCGAUGUGCUCCUGAACAACCUGCAAAACGAAAAGCGAGACUCGGACCAAAUGGGAGGCACGAGACAAUCCAGUAUGGCCUCCUCGAAACCAGGCUCGAGCCGGGACAACGCGAAGGACGAGCCCGACGAACUCGAGGAUUGA